UUGGUCUGAGCUGAGAAAGAGAGAGAGAGAGAGAGAGGCGAUGGCGUACUUGAGCAUGGGAGAGGCGCACCGAAGAAUCAACGACUACCUGAACCGCUUCUGCGACGCCGUUUCGAACCAGGACGGCGAUUUACUCAAGCGCCUUCUUUCCCUCUCCUCCAACAACCCCUCCAUCCUCUCCCUCGCCGACGCCCUCAACGUCUUCCAGGACGCGAAUAGAUUGAUCAAGCAGAACGACGACUACGCUCAGUUCGGUGAAAUUCUGGUCAAUCUGUUCCGUGCUUUCCAGAGCUUCCGAGUCGGAGGCUUCGUCGAUUCGUACCAAGCUUAUGAGAAAGCUGCAAAUGCUUUUAUUCAGGAGUUUCGGAACUGGGACUCGGCUUGGGCCUUGCAGGCAUUGUAUGUGAUGCUUUAUGAGAUCAGGGUUCUAGCUGAGAAGGCUGAUAAGGAAUUGGCGGCGAAUGGGAAGUCCCCUGAGAAGUUGAAAGGAGCUGGCUCUUUCCUAAUGAAAGUGUUUGGGACUCUUGUUGGAAAAGGACCAAAACGUUUAGGAGCAUUGUACGUGACUUGCCAGUUGUUUAAAAUUUACUUUAAGCUUGGUACAGUUCACCUUUGUCGCAGUGUGAUAAGGAGUAUUGAAACCGCACGUGUAUUUGAUUUUGAGGAAUUCCCUACGAGAGAUAAGGUUACCUACAUGUAUUAUACUGGCCGUCUAGAGGUUUUCAAUGAAAAUUUCCCUGCUGCUGAUGAUAAAUUGUCCUAUGCCUUGAAGCAUUGCAACCCUCUCAGAGAAGCAAAUAUAAGGAUGGUAUUGAAAUAUUUGAUUCCUGUCAAGCUUUCAAUUGGCAUCAUACCAAAUGAUUGGCUCCUGCAAAAGUAUAACUUGGUGGAGUAUAGGAAUGUUGUGCAAGCUCUAAGAAGAGGUGACCUCAGACUUCUUCGGCAUGCUCUUCAAGAGCAUGAAGACAGGUUCUUGAGAUCUGGUGUAUAUCUUGUCCUAGAGAAGCUGGAACUUCAGGUCUAUCAGAGAUUAUUGAAAAAAAUUUACAUUAUCCAAAAGCAAAAGGAUCCAAGCAAAGCUCACCAGCUGAAGUUAGAAGUGAUUGUCAAAGCAUUGAAAUGGCUUGAAAUGGACAUUGAUGUGGAUGAGGUGGAGUGCAUAGUGGCAAUACUAAUAUACAAAAGUCUGGUUAAGGGAUACUUUGCACACAAGAGUAAAGUUGUGGUUUUAAGCAAGCAAGAUCCUUUCCCCAAGUUAAAUGGAAAACCUGUCAAUUCAUAGAGAAAAUUGACGAGAGGAGUUUUGAUUGUGGCAUGGUAUGCAAAUUGAGAAGUUUCAGAUUAUGGACGUGCUUCAUUAUACAAGAUCAACCUUUGCCACAGGGAAUUGUUUCUACUUUCUACUGCUUUCGUAUCGAACAUGAUGCAGUUUAUUAGUGAUGACAAUACUAGGAGUCCCUUCUUUGGGGAUUGUUCGUAUCGCCCUGUAUCCAGUCACAUAUGAGGUAGCUUUUAAGCUAUGCUGACAAUGCUCGGAGUCUGUUCUUUGCUGUAACUUUAGGGAGUUGGGUUUUUGAAAACUCACGGCAAUAUUAUAGUCAUGGUUCGUUAUUCACUACAAUAUCAGGAAUAUCAACUUUCGACAAGAAGUGAAUGAUGUGACCACUUUUUAUUGGUUUAACCUCCAAGGCACCUGUCCUAGUUCUCUCAAACUUCUCCAUUUUGCAUCCUAGUUUCCUUGGUUGUUCAUUGUUUACGACACGUGUAUCAAUAAAUGGGAUAUAUAUUUACUGUUUCA